UGUUCAGAGGACCUCCUUCCUAACUUGUAUCUAACCUUUAAAUCAGUUUUUUCUUCUUCUUUUUUUAAGCCUCGUUUUCUGUAUUUCUCCUCUCACUUCUCUGUAACUGUAAUCAACAACGAAAACAAUGGCUUCUCUUCUCUCAAUCUUGCUCCUUCUAACGUUUUCUUCUUCUUUUCUCUGCUCUUCUUCCCAAAUUAGCAGAAAGGAAUUAAGGGAUGACGAUUUUAAGCAGGAAAUGGUCAUACAAUUUCGCAGCUCUGUUCAUUCCGACAGGAUUGACCCAUCAAGGGUGGUCCAACUCUCUUGGCGACCAAGGGUCUUCUUGUAUGAAGGCUUCCUUUCAGAUGAAGAGUGUGACCACCUAAUUUCUUUGGCACACAAAACAAAAGAAAAAUCUUCAAGGGAGGAUGAUGCUUCAGGAGACACCAUAAAGAAAAAUUUGCUAAAAAGUUCAAAAACUCCCCAACUGAAAGAAGAUGAUGUAGUUUCCAGGAUUGAGGAAAGAAUUUCAGCUUGGACCUUCCUUCCCAAAGAAAACGGAAAGGCUUUGCAGAUAUUGCGUUGUGAGAAUGAGGAUUCUAGAAUGAAGUUGGAUUAUUUUGGCAACAGUUCCUUACCAGACCAAAGUAAGCCUUUGAUUGCAACAGUUGUCUUGUAUCUCUCUGAUGUCAACAAUGGUGGUCAGAUUAUAUUCCCAAAGUCGGAGGUGAAGGGCAACAUUUGGUCUGAUUGUACAAAGAAUAGUAGUAGCCGUGACAUCCUGAAACCAAUAAAGGGCAAUGCAGUUUUGUUCUUCAACAUCUAUCCUAACUCAACUACUGACGGUAGCAGCUCCCAUGCUAGAUGCCCUGUGUUGGAGGGAGAAAUGUGGUUUGCCAUCAAAUUCUUUCAGGUAAAAUUCAUUGCUGAAGAAAAGCUCUCGUCCGAGUUGGGUGAUGAAGACUGCACUGACGAAGAUGACGAUUGUCCUAUGUGGGCUGCCAUGGGAGAAUGUAAGAAAAACGCCGUAUUCAUGGUUGGUUCCCUGGAUUACUAUGGUACAUGUAGGAAGAGUUGUAAUGCAUGUUGAUGGAUAAAACUCCACAAUAAACUUUAUUCUUGUCAUUUUCCUAGAGCAACUGAUCUAGUAACCAUUAGCCCUUGUCUCAGGUAAGCAGAAUAGAUAGUUUUUUUUUCACAGCAAGCAGAAUUGAUAGUUAUUCCACUAUAAAUGUGUGAAGUAUAAUAAAAAUUCUUUCACCUUGGGAGUUCUUGUCUCUUAGCUAGUGCCUUUCUAUUAAUAAUACAUCACUGCUCAAAGGUUUAGAUCUUACUUAAUCAACUGAAAGUAUCACAAUGGAGCAUCCUUCUAUUCAAUGGCAGAUUAUAAUAUUAGAAAUUGAAUCAAAAUCAUAAUUGCUCUAAUGGCAUUGGCAAAUACUUAAAAUGUCAAAGCAUAACCUUUAUUCUCAUAUCAUAAUUAAUAUAAUAAAUCUAAAAUCCAUUAUCAUUCUAAGUUUCAGCUUAAACUCCAUAUAUAUAUAUGAGCCAACAAAAUCAGAAAUCUAAACACUAUUUCAGGCAGCCAAAAAAAAAAAAAAAGAACCCAAC